CGACUGAGUCCGGAUCCGGCAGUAGUGGUGCAUCAGAAACAGCUCCGGGAAGGAAACAACUAAUGCAAUAAGAAAAUAAGUGGAAUAAAACGACUAUUAAGUUAAUGUUUUAAGUGUUACAAUGUGUGUUGUAGUGUGUGGAAUAAACCUAGUAUCGUGAAAUAUGUCAACGGUACACUCGUACAGUUUUGGUGCAAUAUAAGACAAAAGUGCAUUUAAAAUAAGUUUAAAAAAUAAUAUCAAACAGCAAAAUAUCUAAAGCGCUUUCGACAUACCAAAGUGUUCUAAUAAGACCAAAACAGAAAAAAUAAAUAAAAUGAAAGUGUUUGUAUUAGUCAGCGUAGUGCUGAUCAACCUGCUGCCAGUGUAUGCCGAUCAGACGGAUUUCAAUCACAUCAAUUCGGAUGGAUCCUUUGCGUUUGGACUGAAAAACUCCGACACACCCGGGGGACACUACCAUACGGCCAGCGGUAACCCGAAAACGAUCGUGCGGGGACGCUACGGAAGCCGCCAGCCGGACACGGGGCGCGUCGAGGAAACGGUCUACACGGCGGGACCGCGCGGCUUUCGUGCCCGCGGGCCAAAGAUCCACCGCAAGCAGAGCCUAUCGCAGGUGCAACGGGGCCCGAUCGGCACCCCGGAGGAUCCGCUGGCCGACCCGUACGAUGAUCCCAGCUACGAUUUCCAGUUCAAAACACGCAACUACCAGCGGCGCGAAGGUUCGGACAGCAAUGGGCGCGUAAACGGGCUCUACACGUACAUCGACGACGUGGGAGAGAAGCACUCCGUCCGCUACUCGGCCGGCUCGGGCACCGGGUACGAGGUAGCGAACCCUGUCCCGGAUGCACCGAACACGAUCGCGUACGAAAGCCCACUGUACAAGACGCACAAGCAGGUUCGCGGCAAGGUCGCGUUCGAGAGUGGACCGAGUGGUUCGGGACAGUACAAGUUGCUCUCUGUCGGGCCCGAUCAGCGACGGGCAGAGACGACCGGUCCGGACGGUGUGACGCGCGGCUCCUACUCCUAUCUGGACGAUAAGGGUGUGCAGCGAACGGUACAGUAUAUUGCCGGUGCCGGCAUCGGUUACAAGGUGGUCCAGAGCACGGUCGGCGCUGGGACGCACCGGUUACAGCAGCCCAACUUUGGCAUUAGUCAUGUGGAGCAGAGUGAAAUUGGUGACAAUAACAAUCCUUCCUAUCAGACGGCUCCCUCGGGACCUGCCAGUGAGCGGCCCGGUACGUCCGGCGCGGGGUACGAUCAUGUCGCUCGUCCGUCCGCCGGUGGGUAUGAUGGUGGUUCGAGUCGUCCGACAGCUCCUGGUGGAUCGUACGAUCCUCCAACGGGACCAUCGGGGGCUGGCAGUAGCUACCCGGACGGACCAAAGCCAGGAAUUCCCGGCUAUCCGGAGAGCAGUCGCCCAACGGGACAAGGGUACGACGAGGAAGACUUUGACAGCAAGCGUCCUACAACGAGCUCUCCAAGCCUUCGUCCACCCACCACCGAUCGACCUACGGGACCGAGUGAUUCGAGCGAGACAUCUCGUGAAAAAUAUCCCCCCUCCAGCGAUCCUACCGACCACGAUCUGGGAGGCUAUGGGGAGGACAGCAUCAUUGGGCUGCUUCCACCCAAGUACGACUACGAAGCGCAACCGGGAGCGGGACCAAGCGCGUCCGAUCACGACGAUCACGAUACACCCUCCCUGUCCGGACCGUUCGAUGUGGCGAUCUCGAGCGGCCCUUCCGGUCCAGCCCCUUACCCAAGCUUCGGUGAAUCGGCCCCGGGCACGAACGCGUACAACUCGAACGACUUUUCCGGCUUCCCAGAGGUAACGUACGAUCAGAAAAAGCUCGAGGAGGAUCGCAAGAAGGAUUGGCGCGAUUUCGCCAAAGACUCGACGAUCAUCAAGAACGUGGGCGAUUGGUAUGUGGGGCUUGCGCCGGGCGCAUCCGUGCGGGCCCAUAUACAGAACAUCGAUCUGCUGCCGUACGGUGGGCGAGCUCCGUCGCCCGGUGACGCUUUGCGCCGUGACACGCAGGCGCAGGCCAAGUCGGACCGUUCGGGCGGUCGGAAAGCGUACGAUGGGCGGGUCAUCUCAGGUAGGGCGCUAUUAGACGGGAGAUGUGUUUUAGUGAGACGAGACUCUCUACUACCCUAUCCGACGCACAUCCGUAAAAACGCGGCUUAUAAAAACACCCAACCGGAUGAUCAUAGCAAACAGUGCAGUCGGUACAGUGUUUGCGAAGGUGUACACAGUGCGCGUCUCAUCACCAUGGCGAGUAAAAAUCCUGCGGUUGCUUGGAUAGUGUUUGGUGUCAUCGCCAGUUUGACAACGAAAGGAUACGGCUGGAAUCUUCCUGCCUCGUACUACCAGGGAGCUGGUGAUGCUGGUGCUGGUGGUGGUUACUUUGGAGGUCGUGGCGAAAGCACUCUCAACAAUCAAGGUCUAGCUGGUGCGAGUGCUGGCUCGUGGAAUGCGGGUGGCGUUGGUGGUGGUGGUGGUUUCCCUAGCCAAGGGCAAACAGGUGCAGGAGCUUCCAGUGGAGUUGAUAGGGCGGCCAGCUUCGGAGGCAAUCAGUGGAGUGCUGGUGGAGAUGGUAGAGGCCUCGGUGGAGCAGUCGCUCCCGGAGGUGUGUCAACUGGCGGCGGUGACCUUGGAGCAGGUGGAACAGGUUUUCAACAAGGAGGAGCAGGUGCGGGAGUAGGAGGUAGUGGCUCUGGAGCUCGCUUAGGUGCAGGUUCUGGAAGUGGGUUCGGAUACAACGGUCAGGCGGGUGGUUUCGGUGGUUCCAACUUCGGCCAGGGUCAGUUUGCACCUCACAACACCAAUGGAGUAGCGUCUGGUACUAGUGGCUUUGGAGGAUCUUUUGGAGGAUCUGGCGGCAAAUAUGGACCAAGUGGAUAUCAUCACGGCUAUCGCCAUCCCACGACCUACGCCGGUCGUCCAAUGACGCACAUGUAUCCGGCCGGUGGCUGGCCCUGGCACGGUGUUGGCUACGUUUAUCGUGUACCCGUCGCACACAUUAACCCGGACGGUAGCUACGGCUUCUCGUACUACACACCAAACUCAGCGCGGGAAGAAACCGGACACGCCAAUGGCAACGUGGAGGGAACGUACGGGUUUCAGAACGAUGGUGCCAAGCAUAACUUUUCGUUUAACGCAGCGCCGGAUGUAGAUUUACGUUCAAGCAUCGGUGACACACGCCUUGGUGGACUCAAUCCAGAUGAGUACGGGCCACAGUCGGUACACUCGCGGGGACGAUUGCCCCUGAUACCGGCAACAUCGGUUGAUGGAGCGGCUGAUGAGCAAACAAGAACAGCGGAUGGUUUGCCAGUGUCUGUAGAACGAUCACCUGGUGCGAACAGCUGGUCUACUAGGAGUGGCAUUGAUGGAGCAGGUUCUGAAGGUGGAUCUGAUGAUAGCUCCCUAUCUGUUGUUGGCUUACCGAAAGCCACGACCGAAGCAGGCGAUGCUUCCCAGCCUACUGCUCGUGAUCAAGUAGUGCGUGGAUCGACGGAACCCAGUGCUAACGAGUUGGAUGGUCGCAGGUUGGGAGGAUUCGACGGAACAGCAACAACCGUUCGCCCUCUAGGUGCAUCAGUGGAGCAAGUGGGUGCACGUCCUGUAAAUGAUGUUCCCUCGUACAGUAAUGAAAUUGAUCGAAACGGUGUGCAAUACAAUGGUGGAGCUAGCAAUGUUCCAGUUGAUCGAUCAUACCAGUUUGGCUACCAAACACCGGACGCAACGCGGGAAGAAACGGCCGAUCAAGCGGGCAACGUGCGUGGAUCGUUUUCGUACAACAACGAGGCAGGUCGUAAUGAUCUUCAGUAUGUGGCCGGAACAGGGAUGGGAUUCCGCCCAACCGGAGGUAGUCUAUCAGUACCGAAUGGUUUGCCUGGAGACAACGGACAACGAUUCGGUCCGGCCACUGGUGCUGGUGGAGUGUUUGGAGUUGACGGAGGCCGCUCUCUUGGGGCUGGAAGUCAAGGAGCUCAAGUCGGUGGUGGAUUAGGCGGUGCCUUCGGUGGAUCUGAGGAAGGAUUUGGAGGUGAUGGAAGAUCUGUAGCUACUGGAGGCCAAGAAGCAGCGCUAGGUGGUACAGAAGGAUCUGGAUUUGGGACAAACGGAAGGCCUUUAGCGUUUGGCAACCAAGGAUCACAGCUUGGUGGUGGAGUUGAUGGAGGAUUUGGAACAGGAGUGGGCAAUGGGUUUGGAGCUGAUGGAAGGCCUCUAGGUUCCGGUACUGGCGUUGGAGUUGAUGGAAGAGGUUUCGGAUCACAACCAGGUGGAGGGUUUGGAGCAGGAUCUGGUGCUGGUUUUGGAGCUGAUGGAAGACCAUUAGGCUUUGGCAAUCAGGGAACACAGACUAGCUCAGGAACAGGAUCUGGUGCUGGUUUUGGAGCCGAUGGAAGACCAUUAGGCUUUGGCAACCAAGGAACACAGACGGUCUCAGGAACUGGAUCUGGUGCUGGUUUUGGAGCCGAUGGAAGACCAUUAGGCUUUGGCAAUCAAGGAACACAGACGGUCUCGGGAACAGGAUCUGGUGCUGGUUUUGGAGCCGAUGGAAGACCAUUAGGCUUCGGCAAUCAGGGAACACAGACCGGUGGUGGUGGAGUUGGUGGUGCGUUUGGAACAGGAUCGGGCUCUGGUUUUGGAGCUGGUGGGUUUGGAAACCAAGGAGCAUCUGGAGCUGCCUUUGGCGCUGAUGGAAGACGUUUAGGCUUUGGAAAUCAAGGCACCCAGUUCGGAGCAGGUGGAAAUGGUGCGUCCUUCGGAGGUUCCGAUGGAAGAUCGUUCGGAUUCGGCAACCAAGGUGGACAAGGCUUUGCCACAGCCGAUAGAGGAUUGCAAGCAGCAACUACCCGUAAUCCGGUCACCAGAAGUCCCUCCGCCGGAUCAUUCGAUGGAUCCGGAUUAAGCUCUGCAGAUGAAGGGGAAGAAAGCACUACAUUAAACGCUCCAGACGAUUCAGAACAAAGGAACACGUUCGGUGGCUUUGGAGAUGUAUCUCGAGCCGGUCUCUUUACGAACGCAAACCGUCGCUUGGUACAGUGAACUAUGUAAAAACUAAUAAAAAGGCUCUUUUGGGAUUGUAUAAUUUGGAAAA